AUGAGUGGCUUUAAUAAAUUUGAAAGCUCAGAUCAUCUCAAUACACCGAACAAUCCACAUCCAGGAAAGCUCUUCAACCGUCAACACGGUCCUGAGAUCUCCCGCGGACUGAAAAUUGACUACAAAGUCAAGGCAAAUUUUCAAAGCUGUGAAUCGGGCGACCGCAUGAUCAAUAGUAAAACCUCAAUCUCCAACAAGAAAUGGUAUUUAUUGAUUGCAGAAUUUUAUCCAUGCAGGGUAAAUAGGUUAUGGCCUCAAAUUUCUUAA